AAAACAGAGAACGCGGUUAAGCGCGAGCGAUUCGACGCAGCCUCGCGGUUCGCCAGUCGCGAACCAUCGGCGUCAGAUCGCGAAUCCAUACACGCAGUUCCUUACUCUCCAUCUUCGUUGUCACGCCGAUCUCUAAGUCGAUUUCAACACCGAUCUCAAAAAUGUACGGCCGUUUGUGUUUCCUGUUGAUCGUUCUUACGUUCUGCAGUAUCGUCGCCGAGGAAAUUGAUCCACCGAUUCCUUGCAACAACGAUGAAUUUUGUGCGAACUAUACAAACAACGCGUUGAAACCAGCGGUGUGCGAAAACGGAUACUGCUUGUGCAACUACGAUGGAAACAUAAAAAACUGUUCUGGUAUAUCCGUGAUGCGCGAAAAUCAUAAAGCGUCCGGAACGGCGCCGUUCUAUCAGAGUUGCAAGCUCGACCAGGAUUGCAAGCUGAAAAACUGGGUUUGCAACACGACGACCCUUAAGUGCGAGUGUCACAAGAAUUACGUCUUGUCUAGUAUCGACAAGAAAAAGUGUCUCGAAAAAGCUCCACAAGUCGAUUUCCCGUGCACGGAGGAUACGCAGUGUCUGUUCCUAUCGAACACCACCUGCAGAGAUGGACAAUGCAGCUGCAUACUAGGAUACCACAGCGUGAAAAAUGUUUGCUAUAAGACGAUCGACAUCGGAGAACCGUGCACUCAAUACGAAGAAUGCGCUCACGCUGAUGGGGCCAACUGUACGGACGGUAUUUGCGCUUGUCCGAAGGCGACCACGAUCAGUAAGGAUCGGACGGAAUGUUUGCCGGUAGCGCGGGAAAUCCUCGCCAACUGCGUGGAGGAUGCGCAAUGCGUCAAAACCUUGGAGAACACGCGGUGUUUGAACGGUUCGUGUCGGUGUCGAGAAGCGUAUCACUUCGAGCUUGAGUUUAGGCGAUGUUUCGCUGACAGGAAGCUCGGCGAAAACUGCGGGAAUACGUACGAGUGUUAUCAAGAACAAGAGGAAGACUCCUGGCGGAAACCGUUGGAAUGCGUGUAUAACGCGUGCGUGUGUGCGGAAGGUUACAGGAUCGAACAGGAUAAAUGCGUGAACGCGGGAUCUCGUUUCUUCGCACCCGUUCUUACCACGCUCGUCUUCCUGGUAUCCUUCGUACGGAUCUUAUAGAACUCGGUCGCAACGAUCCAGGAAACGCAUUCGUAUCGCGAAGAAGUCAGGGGCUUUGGGCCUUUGGCCGUUUCGUAGGCGUCGCGUAAACGGAACGCGAGAUUCAGCGCGAGAAGAAACGAGAAAGAAGAGCACCGAACCGUUUAAACUGGAAAUCAUCCUCCGACAUUCACGCGUAUGCGAUUAACGCGGCCGGGCCGGGCUACCAACGAUGAUUCUACGGUGACUCACCACGGGACACUUUCGCGUGCGCAGCGGUGCGCGAGGUUACCAGAUUUACCUCCUUUCUAGACGCAAGAAAACGAGGCCUGUAACGCGACAUGACCGAAAGAUGAACGAUAGAUAUAUUCACAUACAAAUCAGUAUUUUUCUACUUACGUUUCGAGUGCCAAAGGAAUCAACGGAUUUGCCAUUAAACGUACAAACAGGUUUGUGUAAUAAAAUAGGAGUAGAAACCAAGGCUCAGCCAAGUGCCAAUCGUUGAGUCCGUUCACAAUCUCGAAAGAUUUUUUUUACCUUAUUUCCUACAGAAUAAACCAUCUAUUUUCUCCCUUUUUUUAAGUAGGUACUUAAUCGCUAUUCACGAAUCGAACGUUGAAGUCUGUUCAAAUUUUUAUACAAAUCUACAAUUUUCUUUCGACGAAACAGAGUUACCUUAGAUACAUAUUUCCUAAUUUUUUACUUUUCAUUCUCGAUAUCGUGCGAUCACGAAAACUACUUUAUGUGCACGUCGUUGUCAUUAUUGUUUCUUUAAAUAAAGUACUCUUUGAUAACGCA